GUUAUCCACGCAAAUUUGGAGGGGCACGAGCUCAAGAGCGAUGGAACAUUACCUGAAGACGCAGAAGCCGUGUCCAUCGCGCACAGCGGAAACCGUGAAUGAGCUCGUCAACUCCGGGGGGAAAGUGCUGCCGCGUGAUAAGAAUACGCGGUACUUGCUGAAGAAUUACAGGCAGCUGCACGGGAUUCCGAAAAGGGGGGUCGAUCAGACGGAGAAGGCCGACGAGGUGGUUGAAGUUCCUGCAUACCUUGAGCCACAGCCACCGCCCACUGCGGGCAGGGCUGCUCCACCAUGUGAUGCAGGGGAUUUGCACAAGGAGAAUGCUUUGGAGACGGUGGGGGGUGAGGCGUCGGGGUCGAACACACGACUGUCCUCAUUGCAGCAGUCAACAAUAAGGAGGUGGGUGGACAACGAUGCGCAGAAGAAACUGGACAUUGCAUGGGCGGAGGCCAUGUUUCAUGCUGCGAUCCUGUUCAACUUCCUGAACUUCGAAACCACCCAUAAACUCCACGAAGUGUACCUGCCGGUGUUGAAGGAUAUGGUUAACGGUCGGAAUGCAGCGAAGUGGAAUGCAAUCCGAUGGUCCACGUCGAAGUUGAGGGCCAGAUCAGAUCUGGUGUACUUCACAUUGAGGAGUGAUGAGUGGUGGACGGGGUUGAACAAGGUGGUUGAGGUGAUGGAGCCCAUGUUCGGCCUCUUGAGGCGGAUGGAUCAGGACGGUACCGGUCCCACAAACCUUGUCGAGUAUGAUAACAUGAUAGAGAGGAAGCUUAGCCAUGUCGUUCUUACAGUGGAGCAGCGGGCGAGCGUGAUGGAGAAAGUCAGAGAUUGCAUGAAGAUGAUGCCGCAGCCCGUCCACGCAACAACCUUUCUUUUGGACCCGCGCAGGAGAGAACCGAGGUGGUUGCAUGACCAAUACAGUGUGCUUGUGCAGAAUGCCAUGCGCUUGCUCUCGAGGCAGGUUGGAGGUGAAUGGAAAGGGCAAGCGCACCUUGACAUUUGGAGUAACCUGAAUGAGUUCCACAACAAACCUACAAGGAACGACCCGAAAAGGAAUGACACGAAGAUGUGGGACCCCACAACGAAGUCCGAUGUUGACAAGAAGACACCGCCAGAAUGGUGGGCAGCACACGGUGGCGACAUGCCCGAUUUGGAGAAGAUUGCGAUCAAGGUUAUGGGCAUGUGGAGCACCGCAUCACCGACGGAGAGGAAUUGGCCUUCCAUGGACUUCAUCCAUUCCCGACGGAGGAACAAGUUGUCGCCAGAAAGCUUGGAGAAGCUACCCGUCCCGGAGCCUGAAAAGAACGAUGGAUCGAUGUCGAAGGGGCCCAAAGAUGAGGCUGAGAAGACAGAGGAGGAGCUUGUGCGGGAACGGAGGCUCACAAAGACUCCGAAGGGAAGGGUUCCAAAAAAUCUCGACGACAAGGACGAAGAGCUCACGGAUGACAGUGAUUUGGAUGACGAGCUGUGGAAGGGGAAGUGCCGAUUGUCGGAGGACUCAAAUGUCGAGACGUUGCUGAAAACGAGGGUGGACGAAGAUGAGGAGGAUGCGAACCGUGCCAAGGCUAUGGCUGACCGGGAGACCGGACUCGUCAACAAACGUAUGAUGGAGGAGGCCCGCCGUGCAGCUAUCCCGACUUGGAGAGAGAUCGAGAGAGGUCUCAAACAAGCCACGGAACACCAACAGCAGAUCAAUCGGGCAUUGGAGGUUGUGGAAGAAGGAGAAGACGAGGAGGAGGAGCACCAGGCUAAGGUGGGAGAUUGCAUGGAACAGGAAGAAGAGGCGGAGGGCAUGGUGCAACCACAGGAGGGAGAGGAGAUGGAGCACCAAGAAGAAGAGGAAGGCACGGUGCAAGGCGGGGAGGAAGAGGAAAUGCAGCAGGAAGAGGAGGGGGAAGGAUUGGCGCAGCGGGAGAUGCAGCACGACGAGGUCGAUACGGCCCGCGAAGACGAGCCCCAUCCCACAUCGACAACAGUCUACACACGCAGGCCCCGGCCAGCGGAGUUUCAGGAGUCCGAGGAGAAGAUACCGAAAUUCCCCGCAAUGAGGGAGGCUGUCCAGCAUGACAACCUGUGGGUGAGCCGAGUGGGCAGGAAGAGAAAGGAGCCAUCACAUGACGCUCCUGCACAGCCGAAACGUUCUCGUGGCAGACCGCGAAAGCAGAAGACCGACACGGCCACUACACCAGCUAAAAAAAAAAACAGCGCCUCAAGCGCAAGACGGUCGUGGAGGAUGACCCGGAAUCAGCUGACUGCAGCGAACAGCCAUCUGAGGAUGAGGGCUGCGACGCUGAUUCCGAAUGAGAUCAGCAUGUCCAAAAGAAUGGAACGUUUCGUGGAGAAAAGGAAAACGUAUAAGAUUUUGUUUAGACAGUGGAUGCCAAAGGCAGACUGGCUUGCACACAGGGAAGAGGAGAAAAAGACUGUUUACUCGAUCAUGGCAAUGAGGUUCCCCAUCGAUGCCUCUAUGUAUAUCAGGACUGGUAUUGAGCUCGCUAUGGGGAAAGUGAUAAAAGAUUAUGACAUUGUUAAUGAUCCGGUUGACCCUAACUUGGGGAACAUCAAGUUCGGUUUGCACCCAAGCGCGGAACAGUACUUUGUGAAAACAUUGAAAGUCUUCACAGGGAAAGGGAUGCUUUCAGGCGAUCUGGUCAAUAGCAACACACCGUGGCGCAAAGGUUGUAAUCGCUACAUUCGGAUGGACGAUGACUGUUUCUGUGAAGAGGAAACCGCACCAUACGAGAAAUCUGUUGAAGGAGGCUCUCCCUCUCUCACCUCGAACCCAACGGGACAGGCAGGGCAAGGAGGCCUGCAGAACGCCCCUCCGCAGCCCCGCCAGUUCACUCCUCAGCAAAAGAAUAAGUCGACUCUGUCCUCUUUUAGUAAUAAACAAACUGAGGACAAGCACAACACUGGCAGAUCGUUCCAAUGCCUCAACCCUCAACUGCAAUUACCUGUGGCUGGCCAGAAGCAACAGGCGGGAGGGAAAAACCGAAAAAAGAAGCAAGGUGGAUACACACCCUCGAAGCUGGGCCCCCAAGGGCAACAACAACCCUCAAUGGGAGGUCCCUCAUGGUUAUCCACGAAGGCCCCUACUGAGGAAGCACGAACACUGUCUCAGAAAGGUGUUGACGCAAGUGGAGGGAACAACCCUGCAGCAGGUUCGUCCUCAUAUGGCGAACUUCGUUCUUUCGACCUCAAUGGCACAGAUCCCUCACUGGUUGUCCAACAGGGGCUCUUGCAGGACAACCAGGGGAGGAUCGCCCCUCUCAGUGAGAAGAAUCCAACUGGCAUUGCCGGAGUCCAGACCGGCGAAGGCAUGGAUUUGGAUAGAUUUCUCAGAGCAGGCUCUCCUAAAAGGAACAGACUAGAGGAUUUCGAAGACGGCAGACAGUACCCUCCCCGCUGCCAAUUAUGGGCGCCAUCCAACAGCAGGCCCCAUCCGCAGCCUCGGAUGGGCUCUCGGCUUAAGGUGGCCACCUGGAAUAUCCGUGGAUUGGUAGACGAAAACAGGAGGCACAAACGUGCCAGGCUUAAAUCCUGGAUCCACGACAACAGGGCACACAUCAUCUUGCUCCAGGAAACUAAGUUCAAUAAUGAAAGAUUGGCCGAAAUUGGAAAUUGGUGGUCAGGACCCCAGAUCUGGGCCCCUGCAGAGGGCACCAGGGGGGGCACUGGGAUUCUGAUUCAUAACUCCAUCUGCAAAACCAUCUCCCAAGCGGACUCUGAUCUGCUAGGAAGAUGGUCCCGGGUAACAUUGUCUAUAGACUCUCGAGAAUGGACUUUUCUGUCUGUUUAUGCCCCUGCCGACCACACAACUAAAACGGAUUUUUUUAAUCAAUUGUCUCACGUAAUUCCUGACUCCGAAUUCUUGGUGGUAGGUGGGGAUUGGAACACGGUGCCAAACGAGGCACUGGACUCCUCCUCUCCACUAUCUCACCCAGGGGAAUCCAUAGCUUUGAAUGAGCUGCUUGCCGAAAAAGGCUUGUUUGAUCCUUACCGCCUGCUGCACCCCGACCAAAGGGACUACACAUGGUUCUUGUCCACCACCCCGGUGGUUAGCAGAAGAUUGGAUGCAAUCUUCUGCUCCGAACAGGUCAUUCCACUCAUACUUAGAGCCGAAAGUAUACCAGACCCAAUGUCCGAUCACAAGCCAGUCUCAAUCACCUUAUCAGCUGGCCCCCCUCUUGAAAGAGGAAGGGGCACGUUCAAAUUGAACAUGCAGAUUUUUAAUGACAAAGAAAUGAUCGAGUGGGUGAGGAACUUUUGCGAGGAAUGGAGAGCCUCGUCAGAACUGUUCCCCGAUACAGGGGACUGGCUCGACAAGGGAAUCCAUCUCCUCUCAGGCUUCCUCAAUAACAUAUCAAGAAUCAAAGCAGCAAACAGGAAACAUGACGAGAUAAUCCUAAAAAGGAAAAUAGAAAAUGCAGAAACCAGACUGGGCUUCUUCUCGUUCUUGGACAGUCACUGGUCUCUUAGAAGGGACGCUUGACAGCACGAAUGGCAGGACAAACAAAUCAACAGGCAAGAAUCUU